GACGAUACUGAUAUUCAGCCAUUGCCAGAUCUGAUAUAAAUACACUGCGGGAUAACAAUCAUCACUUAGUACAUACGCAGUUGUUUCUCUUAUUAUUAUUCAACUUUGGAUAGUUCCCUAGCAUCUUGCAACUUUAUUCAACUGUAAGAUACAACUCUACAGUUAAAGAAAGAUGAAUGUUCUUCCCUUCCUCUGCCUAUCUAUCGCUCUGGGUCUUGCGUUAGACCACGAGGCCUCACAUGACAUAACACAAGAGCAAAAAAGUGAACACAAUGAAGAAAAACAUACAAAAGCACUUGAAGCAAUAGCAACAUCAAAUGCACAAUUUGCUAUAGAUCUGUUCAAACACUUGGUGUCCAGUCAUGAAGAUCAAGGUCCAGAAAACAUGGUUUUCUCACCAAUAAGCAUUUCUACAGCAUUUGCCAUGUUGUCCUUGGGUGCUAAGUCUGUAACACACAAACAGAUUUUAGAAGGGUUGAGACUGAAUGAAACAAACCUACAAGCAGAAGAGAUACAUGAAGCAUUUGAACAUCUCAUUGAGGCAUUGAACAAACCAAAGAGCAAUCUUCAAGUCAACAUAGGAAAUGCUGCCUUUGUACAAGAGAAGUUAAAUCUCCUGAAGAGUUUUGUUCACGAAGUGGAGCAUCACUACCAUGCUGAAGUCCUUACUGCUGACUUCCCAAAGCCAAAGGUUGCAGAGCAACAGAUUAAUGAGUAUGUGAAGAAUAAAACAGAAGGGAAAAUUGAAGAAGCUGUCCAUGAUCUUGAUCCCCAAGCUAAAUUAUUGCUUCUGAACUACAUACUCUUCAAAGGAGAAUGGGAAAAUAUUUUUAACCCUGAUUUCACACAACAACGUAAGUUCACUGUGGAUGCCAAUACUACAGUUGAUGUCCAAAUGAUGCAUCGGAUGGGAAUUUAUAAUAGUUUCCAUGAUACUGAGCUUCCAUGCAGUGUUCUUCUUCUGCCAUACAAAAACAAUGCUUCCAUGCUUCUCAUUGCACCUGAACUUGGAAAAAUUAAUCAGAUUGAAGAAGCAUUGUCAGUAGAGACCAUAACAAGGUGGACAAACUCAAUGCAGAAAAGGUUCAUAGAGCUUGGCAUACCUAAAUUUUCAGUCAGAUCUUCCAUUAACCUGAAUAUAGUGCUAAAUAAAAUGGGAAUGAUUGUGCCUUUUAGUGAUAACUCUGACUUCUCUGGUAUCACUGAAGAUGCUAAGUUGACGGUGUCCAAAGCCCAACAUGAGGCCAUAUUAGAAGUUGAUGAAAAAGGAACAGAAGCUGCCGCAGUCACAACUAUUGAAAUUGUACCAAUUUCAUUAAUCCCAUCAUUCACAUUUAACAAACCGUUUAUCCUGCUAAUUUGCAGCGAGCAGACUUACAGCAUACUCUUCAUGGGAAAAGUGACCGAUCCAUCAAAGAAAUAAACCGCCAUAACUAUCAGCUUCAACGCCUGACUGAGAUGCCAAUAAACACUUCAUUUUAUGAAUUAAA